AUGUCAUUCAUUACUACUUCUCUGGCUCUGCAUCUCGCGGCCGCUUACGCGCAAUCCGCUCUAUCUACCGUCACCUAUGGGCCGAACGGGUUAUGUCCACCACCCGAGACCACAUCGGUAGUCGUGGUGGUUCCAGCCGUUUAUAGUUCUUUUAUCCAGUCAGCUUCGCAAAUCAUCAAUGUCUUUGGUAAUGGAGCCACAAUUAAUAUUGGUAAUGGCGGAACGACGUAUAUUACGAACACAUAUAUCACGAGCACAAUUAUCACGACCAUCACGAAUCCUGUCAGUCCUGUGACAACCACCAGCAUCACAGGAGUCAUCUCUAACACGGCAUCGACGACCAGCACAUCAGGCUCGGUCUCCAGCGGGAGCUUGCCAACAACAACUGGCUCGAGUCGCCCUACAACCACUGGCCUGUCAUUCACAACGACUGCUGGCAUCCCUCCAACCUCGGGCGGAACGACUUCUUUUGGACCUCCACCCACAAUCUUUACCCCCAUUCUACCUCCAGUCGCUACGCCAACCCCUCCUGUGACCCUCGUGUACGUAACCGUGGACGGACAAGGCCAUACUAUCACUGUGACUUCAGAACAGCCCACUUUCACUAUCGGUGAAGGCCUGGAAAGUGGUACUCAAACAGAGAUUCCUGCAACUUCACCCGUCUUGAUUGCAAUGGCAAUUCCGCAAUUUGACAAGGUAAAGAGACAAGGAAGUCAGCCCCCUGAUGAUGCCCUUGCUGGCCCUCCAGCAAAUGGGUUCUCAUCGGAAACCGGAGGCUCUCUGAACAAUUGUGGCUAUGCAGCAAGAUAUUAUAUCUCGGGUGGCAAGCUGAUGAGCGGCAACGACACCGUCGGACGCAACCGAACUGAUUAUGCUGUCAAGCUAGCUGCAGUCUCCAAUAACAACGAAAUCGCAACAAAAUUUUUCUUCGUGGACGGUCUCUUGCAAUGGGAGUCUCCAGAUCGAGGUGGUGGUUCAUUCUAUCAAUGUGAUGGAGGACCAUUAUAUGUUGGAUUUCCGUAUCCUCCUACUCCCAACUGCUACAGUGUCAUUCUUGGAGGCAUUGCUGCUGCAAGCUGUCCGGUUGAUUUCACAGAUAACAUCCCAGACGAGGUUCAGCCUGAUCCGACCCCGGUCGAUACAUCAACGUCGAGUUCCACUUCGCCGACAGCAACGCCAGACUCGACACCGCCAUCAACACCGACACCUCUCAGCACUACUCCGGACGAGCCUCUACCGCCGGUGUCAACCCCUACCCCUAUGACCACCUCACCAGGUGAUAUCCUGGCACAUCGAGACCACUGA